GCCUGUGGGGAACUCAUUUACAGCAGGAACUGGUGCAUUCUGGGAAACGAUCAUCAGGAAACAUGAGAGAGUAACCAGCUUUCCGCAAACAACCUCGUUUGGUUGAAUGUUCCCAACUUCCUGGGAUGUUUUGUGUGCUUUCCAGCUGACUCCUCCUACUGUUUGACCGGCUGGGAAGCUGCAGGAUUCUCCUAAUUGUAUCGAUUAGAAUCUAGUAGCAGGGGAAGCAAGGAUUCAAUGACAGAGCUUCUCUCUUCAAAAGGACAUGAGGUGGUUGAGGAGGAUAGUGAAAUUAAGAAUGCUACGUAUGUUCUGUAUUGUCCUGGUCCUCCUCCUACUCUUUUUGGGGGCUCUGAGUGCUUUACUCCCUGCUACAAAUGAAGACGCUAUGAUGGGUGUCCGUCGUGAAAUUCCCCUCUCUGAUGUGUCUCCCAAAGACUCCUUUACACUCAUCAUGCAGACGUAUAACAGGACAGACCUACUGUUGAAGAUGCUCAAUCAUUAUCAAGCCAUGCCAGGCCUUAGCCAUGUGAUAGUGGUAUGGAAUAAUGUUGGCCAAGAAACCCCUCGCGAGCUGUGGGAAUCUUUUGGGCCUCAUCCAGUACCUGUCACCUUCAAAAUGCAGAAGGUCAAUCUCAUGAGAAAUAGACUGCAGAGCUUCCCAGAGAUUCAAACCCAGGCUGUUUUAAUGAUGGAUGAUGACACCCUAGUCAGCGCUUAUGAUGUUUCAUUUGCCUUCUCUGUCUGGCAGCAAUUUCCUGACCGCAUUGUGGGGUUUGUGCCCAGGAAACAUGUGUCCUCACCCUCAGGUAUAUAUAGCUACGGUAGCUUUGAGCUAAAGGCACCACAUACAGAAACUGGGGAUAUGUACUCUAUGAUACUCAUUGGGGCUGCUUUUUUCCACUCCGACUAUCUCCGUCUCUUCGAGCAGCUGCCUGCCUCCAUCCAUAACAUGAUAGAUCAAACACAGAACUGUGAUGAUAUCACUAUGAAUUUCAUGGUGGCCAAUCACUUGGGGAAGGCGUCCGGGGUACUUGUCAAACCUACAGAUAUGAGAAACCUGGAAAAAGAAGCAGGAAGUGGAUAUACAGGGAUGUGGCACAGAGCAGAACAUCUCCUGCAGAGAUCCUAUUGCUUGAACAAGCUGGCUGAGAUUUACGGCACAAUGCCCUUGAAAUAUUCCAGCAUUAUGAUCUCACAGUUCGGCUUCCCCAACUAUGCCAACCACAAAUCUAAGAUAUAGGGAGUUAUUUAUCAAGCUCGGAAUAUCCGAACCUCGAAUAAUUCGUCGUUUUUGGAGGAAAAAAAACAAACUGCAAAUAUUUCAAGAUUUAUUGAAGUCCGAUGAUCUAAAAACUCUGAGUCCGAAACCCCGGCAUCUAAAAGCUCUCGAGGUCUUGUAUAAGUCAAUAGGCUUUUUUCUUCAUAAAUAAGGUUGGAUGUUUAUGUUGGAGUUGGAUUUUAGAAAUACUGAGAUUAAUUCGGACCUUGAUAAAUAACCCCCAUAAUGUGUACAUUCAUAAAUUACUGAUAGCAUUUGGGUCUCACAAACUCUUAAAAGAUACUAAUACUUAGACUUUGGCAUGUGAAAGGCUGACAUCUUAUUGGUUUAUUCAGUUUGUGAUCAAAUAUAUUGAGCUGGAUUCAGGAAGAUGCUUGCUAUUUGUAUCUGGUUAAAUCACUAAGAUCAAGAAGUGUAAUAUUAUAUUUAGGGGUUUUUUUUUGUUUGUUUCAUAAGUUCUCUUUUACGGAUAGCAAUUUAAUGCUGCUUAAUUGUUUUCCAGUUAACUAAAAAACAAAAUAAAGCUGUGUUUUUAUUUAAA